AUGGAUGACAAGGGUGAUCUGAUUGUGUUUGCGCGCGAGAGCGCCGCCUCGGGUCUCGACCUGUACGCGCUGCUGGGUGUCGACACGACGACAUCGCGCGAGGACAUCCACCGGGCCUGGCGGCGACAGGGUCUCAAGUACCACCCCGACAAGGCGGGGGCCAACUUUGAUGCGUCGCUGUACGAGCGGUUUGCGCGGGCGCGCGAUGUGCUGGUGGACGAUGCGGCGCGGGAGACGUACGACACAGGGCGGGCGGCGGCGUCCCAGCGCAAGAUGCAGUCGGAGCAGAUGACGGCCGAACGACGGCGGUUCAAGGACGAGCUGGAGGCGGCAGAGCGAGCGACACGCGCAGGUGCAGGCAGCAGCGGUGGUGGUGAGGCGCCGUUUGGACGGACGUCAGCCUCGUCGGGGCCGACACAGUCAUCGGAGCGGGAGAAGCUGCGUGAAGCCGGCCGUCGUCGAGCCGAAAACCAGCAGCGCCAGGAGCAGGAGGCAAGGGAACGACAGCGACAGAAAGAGGAUGCCCGGAUUACUGAGAUCGAGCAGCUCCUGCGCGAAAAGGAAGAGCGGCAGCGACGGCGGGCCGAGAAAAAGGCAGCGCGCAGCGGUGGUGCCGCAGACAGCCAACCCGAAAAGGAGACAGCCUCGACUGGACGAACAGACAUAUCGGAGAAGCCAGCGUUGUCACAGGCCGAUCCAGAGUGGCGGAAGCUCCUCAGCAGCAGCCGCAAGGCCGCAACGAUGGAGGGUCCUGUGCAGGAGCGGCCGCUGUUCGCAUACACAUUGGAGCGGCUCAAAGCGGCCGGCGAGGCCCAGCGACAACAACAGGCCAAGGCCGAUGGCGUCAGCACGCCCGCGUUUGAGCCGCAGUGGCAGGAGAUCGACGAUCCGCAGGUGCGCCAAUUUAUCACCAGGGUGCCGCGCUUGUGA